GUCGCGCCCAGAGGGGGCGGUGGGGUCCCGCGGGGCUCGCUCCUUGCCCGGGGCUGUUCGGUGUCUUCAUCAGCGGCUUGGCCGAGGGCGCGGAGCCCCGUCCGCUUGCACAGGCGAGACCAAACGAGGGGCCGAGCUACCACAGCAGAGGGCAGGGAGCGGAUCUGGACACGCUGGAAAAAUGGGCAGGAUGAGGUGGGCUGCAGUUCAACGAAGACGAGUACAAAGCGCUGCACCUGGGCAAAAAGACGCACCCGCACGCUUCCAGGCUGGGGCUGACCUCAGCGGCACGGCAGCGGAAAGGGAUCUGGGAGCCGUCGCUGACACCAAGGUGAACGUGAGCCGUCAGCGUGAUGAAACGAUCAACGAGGCUAAGCUCCUAGCGGGCGCGUGACGAGCAGGUCCAGGGAGGCGAUGCUCCCCCUCGACGCGGCGCUGGUCAGGCCGCGGCUGGAGUGCUGCGUCCAGGUCUGGGCGCCGCGCUUUGGGAGGGACGCGGAGACUCCCGAGAGGGCCCAGAGGAGGCCACUCGUGUGGUCAGAGGCCUGCGAGCAAGACCCUAGGAGGAGAGACUGAGGGACCUGGAUCUCUUCAGCCUCCGCAAGAGAAGGCAGAGGGGUCUUGUGGCUGCUACACGUUCAUCAGGGGAAGGCGGCAGGGGGUAGGGGAUGCUCUAUUUACCAGGGCAUCCCCCGGAGUAACUAGGAACGACGGCCACAAACUGACGGAGAGCAGAUUUAAGUUGGACGUCGGGGAGAAUUUCUUCACCGUCGGGGUUGCCAGAAUCUGGAGCGGGCUCCGAGGGAGGUGGUCUCUACCCUACUCUGCGGGCCUUCAAGAGGAAACUAGACAUGCACCUGGCGGGGGUCGUCUGGCCUCGGGGCUCCUUCCUGCCCAGGGCAGGGGGUCGGACUUGAUGACCUGCUGAAGUGCCUGCCUUCCCACCCUAACAUCUGUGAAUCUGUGUGGGGGCUGAGAGCUCAGCUGGAUUCACCGGGGCUCGGACACGUGUGGAGGAAAGGGGCAUCGGUGGCUCUGGGGCAGGGAGUGAGGGGCACGGCCUCUGCCUGGACCUCAGUGCUGGAGGCUGCAGGGGAGAGGAACGGGGAAAACCCUGCUCAGACCCAGGCACUCUCCCUCCAGCUCUGCCCGUGGGACACAAACAUAUUUGAUGUGCCAAAAAAAGCUCAUGGGCUCUUGCCCAUCAUGAAACCUAUACGCCUCCCUUACUGCGGGACCAUGAGCAAGACAGACCUGAGGUCCUGCCCAGUGCAUUGCCAUUUUUGUUCCCACGCAAAAUCCUGGCCUGCCAGGUGCCAUCAGUCCAGGGAGCCCGGGCACAGCUGGUGGCAGCUGCUGCCCUCCAGCCUGGUCCCUGCCCCAGGUCCUGGCCUGCCCAGCCCUGCAGAGAGGAGGCAGGAAUUGCCCAGAUAUUCCCCCCUUCUCUCCCCCCACGUGCCCCAGAGGACUAGCACAGCUUGGAGCAGGUUGUGGGGAGAAGCAGGACGGAUGACUCUGGGGAGGCAGCCCAGCCCAGCCCAGCCCAGCCCCUGGCCCCACAGGAGGAUAGGAGACGGGCACCGGACUGGGCAGAGAUGGGGAGGGAAGGGGGCAGGUCUCAUUGCUACCCCGCAGGUUGGCUGAGCCGUGGUUCUCCCCAGCCACUGCCCCCAGGCAGAUGAGCCCAGGACGCUUCUCUAGGGUAGUCCAACCCCAGGCUUCUCCACUCCCAGCCCCCUGGCUCCUCUGGGCUGUUUCGGCCAGCCAGAGGGGUGGACGGGUCAAGAGGCAGUGGGAGACAAAGACGGGGCUGGGCUGGGGCAGGGAUGUCCUACUGCUCCUGAUGCAGCGCGUGCAUGACGCGGUGACGAGGCAUCUCCUGGAAGUGCCUAUCCCGCUGGGGCCAUGUGCUGGGCAGAGCCUGGACUUGCCUCUUCCGGGGCGUUGGCUUAGGGAACGGCAGCAGGAGACGGCACCAGGCUCUUCCUGGAAGGGCCGUGCCCAGGCUGCCCCAUUUUGCACCCUACGUCCUCCUGCCAGCAGCUUUCCUGUCAGCUGGGGCUGCCUCUGGAGCCCAGCAGCGCCGCACAAGGGUGCAUGACGCAGAAACAGAUGUGGGUUGGCAACAUUUCACAACAGGGAAGGAAGGGUGAGAAGAACCUCCCUUUUGCUUUCUCAAAGAUAGAAAUCCUGAGGUACUGAUACCUUCCCAGCCCGCGAGCGAUUGGGCUUUGCCCAGUCCCCAGAGCUUCGGAUUUGAGUGAAUUCAGUCAGGGAACGUCUGUCGGGGUGGGACAGAGGCUGGGGGGAAAUUGGGAGCCCUCGGCAGUUUCCAGCAGACGUGCCCCCCUCCUUCGGUCUCCCAGCUGGCAUUGGAGCCAAAUGCCCAAGAGGAAAGGUGUCGCCUCGCUGAGCAGCCUGUGCCUGGGGAGCGUGGCCCAGCACAUGCAGGGUGUGUGGGUGAAGGACUACAGUGAGAACUAUCUGGACGAGUACCAUUUCCGCUACAUCAUGGGGCCCUUCAACGAGCUGGCUGGCUGCCUGGUCCAGGACCUGCUGAAGCAACUGGGGGAGAGCCGGCGCCUGACACGGGCCGCGCUGCACUUGCUGCUGGUGCCGCACCUGCGGGAGCUCAGCCUGCGUGCCUGCCCCAGCCUGGUCAGCAAUGCCAUUGCCCAGCUGGUCGCUACGCGCUGCAAUAACCUGUGCUCUUUGGACCUGCACGGCUGCAGCCGGGUCUCAGCAGCCGCGCUUACGGACCUGCUGGAGGGGCUGCCGCUGCUGACGGGGCUGGACCUGGCCGAGACGCAGGCCGACAUCCGGGUGCUGUCAGCCGUGGGCUCCUGCUGCCGGCGCCUGCGGCAGCUGGACAUCUCGGGCUGCCGCAGGGUGACACCAGAAGCCCUGCUGCACCUGGCCUAUGACCCAACGGCACACGUCCCGUGCUGCCCGGCUUUGCGGGUGCUGCUUGCCAGUGGCAUUGAACCGCAGGGGCGAGCCCCAGACUUGGUGGGGGCCUUGGCCUUCCUGCUGCUGGCGCUGCCCAGCCUGGAGGUGCUGGCCAGCAGCUGUGUCAUGGAGGCCUUGUGCCUCAUCCACACCCAGUGCUUCCAGGAUCCCAGGGCCACGGCCCCACCAGGGUUCCCCUCGCUGAAGGAGCUGGCGCAGCACCGGCAGGGCGGCCAGACGGGCGGCAGGGACGCGUGGCUCACGCUGCCCCUCAAGCGGGUGGACGAGGUGGAGGAGCCCUUCCUCACGACCCUCUGUGCCGUGUGCCCGGAAGCAGAGGAGGUGACCGUGGCUCUGAAUGACGGCCCCAGCGCGUGCUGGGACAGCCUGGCAUGGGGGCGCCUUUCCUGCCUGGUGCUGCAUUGCACGGGGCCCCGAGGGCGGGGGCUGGCUGAGACGGUGCCCCUGGUGCGGAGCCUGGGGCCGAGGCUGCGCUCCCUGACCCUGCACGGCUUCACCUACGACGAUGAGCUGUCCCUGAGUGCCCUGCUGGACAGCUGCCCCAGCCUCCACACCUUCAGCACCCACCUGUGCACCCCUGCUGAGCCUCCCUGGACGCCAGAUGGAGAUGCCGAGCUGCACGACUGGGCCCCCAACCUCGUCCACCACAGCUUCCCCCAGCUGCAGCACUUCAGCCUGGCUCUGUCCAGCACCCAGGGGCCCCUGCCCGGCCAGCACAUGGCAGUCCUGCGGGCCAUCCUCGCUGCCGUGCUGAGCUGCACCCAGUGCCUGGAGACCCUACAGCUCCUCUGCCUGCCCUUUUCCCUGGACGGCCUGUUCCAGGCAGUGUUGCAGGCGCCCGGCCCAGUCCUGUGCCACCUGCAGGAGCUCUCGCUGGCCGAGAGCCAGGUGUCCAGCAGCACCGUGCGCCUGCUGCUGACCUCGGACGGGCCCCUCCGCACCCUGAACCUGGUCGGCUGCCGGGACAUCCACCGCCGGGACUACGACCAGUUCAUCCGCACGGUACAGGAGCAGCAGCUGCAGCUGGACAUCACCUGGCAGUGAUGGGGGACUCCAGACAGCACCGCAACUGCUCCCCUCCACCUGCUGCCCCAGAUCACAUCCUGGACAUGGGGGCCAGUGAGGUAGCCACAUUUAAUAAAGCAGAGAGAAUGGA